AUGUGUGGAGUCCUAGGUAUUGCUUUGGCUAAUCAGUCGAAAGUAGUUUCACUUGAGUUGUAUGAGGGCUGUCACUUCUUACAGCAUAGGGGACAAGACGCAGCAGGUAUUGCUACAUCUGGACCUGGUGGCCGUCUGUACCAAUGUAAAGGUAAUGGAAUGGUUCGCGAUGUCUUCACUCCAGCUAGAAUGAAGGGUCUGAUUGGUUCUAUGGGUAUUGCUCACUUGCGUUAUCCAACUGCAGGGUCGAAUGUGAAUUCAGAGGCGCAGCCUUUUUAUGUUAAUAGUCCAUAUGGUAUUUGUAUGAGCCACAAUGGUAAUUUGGUGAAUACUGCAGCUCUAAGGCGUCAUCUUGACGAGGAUGUUCAUCGUCAUAUCAACACUGAUAGUGACUCCGAAGUACUAUUGAACAUUUUUGCAUCAGAGCUCGAAAAAUACAACAAGUAUCGUGUUAAUGACCAAGACAUUUUCCAUGCUUUAGAGGGCGUUUACGAUAAAUGUCGUGGUGGGUAUGCAUGUGUUGGUAUGUUAGCUGGGUAUGGCUUGUUCGGUUUCAGAGACCCAAAUGGUAUUAGGCCGCUAUUGUUUGGUGAAAGGGUUAACAGUAAUGGCACCAAGGACUACAUGUUGGCAUCUGAAAGUGUUGUGCUGAAGGCACAUAACUUUACUAAUUACCGCGACCUUUUGCCUGGUGAAGCAGUCGUUAUUCCAAAAAAUUGUUGUGAGCCUAGUUUUAGACAAGUCGUCCCAAGCAAUUCUUAUAGACCAGAUUUAUUUGAGUACGUGUACUUUGCUCGUGCUGACAGUGUCUUGGACGGUAUUUCAGUCUACCACACCAGACUUCAAAUGGGUAUUAAACUGGCAGAAACUAUCAAAAAGCAAAUUGAUUUGAAAGAAAUUGAUGUGGUUGUAUCCGUUCCAGACACUGCAAGGACUUGUGCUAUCCAAUGUGCCACUCAUCUCCAAAAGCCUUACCGUGAAGGUUUUAUCAAGAAUAGGUACGUUGGAAGAACCUUUAUCAUGCCUAACCAAAAAGAGCGUGUAUCUUCUGUCCGCCGUAAAUUGAACGCCAUGGAUUCUGAAUUUAAAGGAAAACACGUCCUUAUUGUCGAUGACUCCAUUGUCAGAGGUACCACAUCAAAGGAAAUUGUCAACAUGGCCAAGGAAGCUGGAGCCACUAAAGUCUACUUCGCAUCUGCUGCUCCAGCAAUCCGUUAUAAUCACAUCUAUGGUAUUGACUUAGCUGAUACUAAGCAGCUUGUCGCUUACAAUCGUAAUAUCGAACAGAUAACCGAAGAAUUGGGCUGUGAUAUGUUAUUCUACCAGACAUUAGAAGAUUUAAUUAGUUGCUGUAAAACGGACAAGAUAACAGAGUUCGAGGACGGUGUUUUUACCGGUAACUAUGUCACUGGUGUUGAGACGAAUUACCUUGAAGAAGUUGAAAGAGCUAGAGCUCUCGAAGCCAGCGACUCAAGUGACAUUAAAGCAGACUUUGAUAUAAGUCUGUACAAUUCUGGAGACUACUAA